UAUGUCCUCAGAAUAUUUUAUAUAUGUUAUAGUUCAGGACAGCUAAAUUUUUUAGUUUGCUGUAUAGCUUCAAAUGUCCCUUUUCUUUGGACAGGUUUGAGAAAAAUAGAUAUUUAAGGAUUCAUUUAUUCAUGAGUUCAAUGUGUGUCUUUACUAACCAUCUGCUAUGUGCCAGGCUUCUCCUGGGCACUGGGGAUAGAGUGUUGAACAAGAUCUGAAACGUCCCUGCUGUCACAAGGGUUGCUUUCCCUGGAGUGGCGAGAGUGGAGAAGGGAGACAUUGAUCUGAGACGUGGGGAGGGGGAGAAGGUAGUGAGUAAACAAAUGUAAGAAAUAACUAAGGAAAUAUAAUAGAAGUAAAUGCUCUGCAGAUAGGUAAGACAGGGAUGGGCUAGAGAAUGGGAUGGCUAGUUUAGGUUGGUAAUGAAGUCUACUUUGGAUAUUACAUGAAUGAGACCUAAAUGAUAAAAGGGGAAUGGGUACUUUUUGCUGAUGGAUUAGCUUAGAGAAUGGGGAAAAGGUAGAAAUGAAGAAUAUUGCUAGUGGAGCAUUAAAUGAAGAUGGGGAAAAUUGGGAAGGAGGGACUAGGAGUUGCAUCUUAGAUGUGUUACCUUGGAGAUGAGUAAUGGAUCUCCAAACAUAUUAAGCAGCUAGUUGGAUGUAUACAUCCAGAGUUCCAGGAAUAUAUCAGGACUGGAGUAAUCGGUCAAGAGUUCCAGGAAUAUAUCAGGACUGGAGUAAUCGGUCAAGAGUUCCAGGAAUAUAUCAGGACUGGAGUAAUCGGUCAAGAGUUCCAGGAAUAUAUCAGGACUGGAGUAAUCGGUCAAGAGUUCCAGGAAUAUAUCAGGACUGGAGUAAUCGGUCAAGAGUUCCAGGAAUAUAUCAGGACUGGAGUAACCGGUCAAGAGUUCCAGGAAUAUAUCAGGACUGGAGUAACCGGUCAAGAGUUCCAGGAAUAUAUCAGGACUGGAGUAAUCGGUCAAGAGUUCCAGGAAUAUAUCAGGACUGGAGUAAUCGGUCAAGAGUUCCAGGAAUAUAUCAGGACUGGAGUAACAGGUCAAGAGUUCCAGGAAUAUAUCAGGACUGGAGUAACAGGUCAAGAGUUCCAGGAAUAUAUCAGGACUGGAGUAACAGGACAAGAGUUCCAGGAAUAUAUCAGGACUGGAGUAAUCGGUCAAGAGUUCCAGGAAUAUAUCAGGACUGGAGUAAUCGGUCAAGAGUUCCAGGAAUAUAUCAGGACUGGAGUAAUCGGUCAAGAGUUCCAGGAAUAUAUCAGGACUGGAGUAAUCGGUCAAGAGUUCCAGGAAUAUAUCAGGACUGGAGUAAUCGGUCAAGAGUUCCAGGAAUAUAUCAGGACUGGAGUAAUCGGUCAAGAGUUCCAGGAAUGUAUCAGGACUGGAGUAAUCUGUCAAGAUUUACUGGCUUUAGAAGGAUGUCCCUGCUCCCACUCUUCCAAAAAAAGAAAGGCCAUUGCUACACAGAUUUUCGGUGUUGUCACUUUGAAAACUGUAAACUUCAUCUGCUUUAGUACUAGGUACAUAAGUUUUGUUUCUUUUUAAUAAGAGAGAGUAAUAGAGAAGAAGAGAAAGAAACAGAGAAAUCUUCUAUAUGCUGUCUCACUCGUUAAGUGCCCACAAUAGCUGGGGUUGGGUCAGGCUGAAACCAGGAGUCAGGAACUCCAUCUGGGUCUCGUACCUGGGUGAUGGGGCCCAAGCACUUGAGCUGUCUGUCAUCUGCUGCCUCCCAGAUAGUGUGUUACCAGGAAGCUGGAUUGGAAGUGGAGGAGCAUUCCAGUUAAUAGCUUAACUUGCUGUGCCGCAACCAUGAAGUUUUUUUUUUUUCUAAAAGAUUUUAUUUAUUUAUUUCAGAGGUAGAGUUAACUAUAGUGAGAGGGAGGGAAGGAGAUAAAGGUCUUCCAACCGCUGGUUCACUCCCCAAUUGGCCGCAUGGGCGGGAGCUGAGCUGAUUCGAAGCCAGGAGCCAGGAGCUUCCUCCAGGUCUGCCACAUGGGUGCAGGGGCCCAAACGUUUUGGCCAUCUUCCACUGCCCUCCCAGGCCACAGCAGAGAGCUGGAUCAGAAGCGGAGCAGCUGGGACUAGAACCAAUGCCCAUAUGGGAUGCUGGCACUGCAGGCAGAGGAUUAACCUACUGUGCCACAGCGCCGGCCCCUGAAGUUUUCUUAAUUUGUAAAAGAAUAUUUAUAUUAAAUUCCUUUUAACUUCUUUAAGCUUUUGUUUGCUGCCUCUCAGUGAACGUAAGGCUCCUUGGUCUUAAAGAAGGGAAGUAAUAGGGGCCGGUGCUGUGGCGCAGUGGGUUAAAGCCCUGGCCUGCAGUGCCGGCAUCCCUUAUGGGCACCUGUUUGAGUCCCAGCUGCUCUACUUCCAGUCCAGCUCUCUGCUAUGGCCUGGGAAAGCAGUGGAAAUGGCCCAAGCACUUGGGCCCCUGCACCUGUGUGGGAGACCCAGAAGAAGCUCCUGGCUCCUGGCUUUGGAUCAGCUCAGCUCUGGCCCUUGUGGUCAUUUGGGGAGUGAACCAGUGGAUGGAAGAUCUUUCUCUCUCUCUGGCUCUACCUCUGUAACUCUUUCAAAUAAACCAAAAUAAUUUUUUUAAAAGAAGGGAGGUAGUAGUUUUGGGUAACAUGCUUGUAUUAGGGAGCUGGACUCAGAGUAUUCUAGCGCAGGGAUUGGUGAGUUAUGACAAGUGGGCCUAAUCCAGCCUACCAUCUGUUUUUGUAAAUAAGGUUUUAUUGGAACAGAUCCAAGCUCAUUCAUGUAUGUAUUAUUUAGGAUCACUUUUGUGUGACGACAGCGGAGUUGAGUUGUCAGGAUAGAGUCUUGCAUGACCCAGAGAGCCUAAAAUAUUUACUGUUUGGUCUAUUUUCAAAAAAAUGUUUGCUGAUUCCUGCUUCUGAGUCUAGACCAGUUGUAUCCAGUAGAACAUUAUGGUGUUCUGUAUAUUCUCCAGUAUACCAACCUCUAGCCACCAGUGGCUAGUGACUGCAUGAUAUUUGGUUAGUGCCAAUGAGCCAAAGAACUGGUUGCUUAGAUUUAAUAAUUAGAAAUGGAAUGAAUUUAAACAGCCACAGGUGACUCAUGGCCACUGUAUUAGUACAGAUCUAGCUGGUAUAUGCAACAAACAUCAGAAUGCUUCGGGUCACUCUUCUGUUGGCAGCUGUCUCAAAGACUUGGCUUAGGGUGCAGGGAGGAAGGACAAAACAUGUGUUAACACCAGUGAUAUGCUAGAAGUUUUUUUGUUUGACAGAGUGGACAGUGAGAGAGAGAGACAGAGGAAAGGUCUUCCUUUGCCGUUGGUUCACCCUCCAAUGGCUGCCACGGCCGGCGCACCGCGCUGAUCCGAAGCCAGGAGCCAGGUGCUUCUCCUGGUCUCCCA